CACUUUCCGCGAAACCGCCGGCUUCUUGCUAGCGCGGCCCGAACCAGCCAUUCCCGGGACUUUCCGAAAGCCCCGCCUCCGCCCGCCCUUCCCUCCUCUCCCGGCCGCCGGUUCCCGAGCGCUCUCCGACACAGACUCGAUCGAUCGGCACCCAGAGCCUCGGCGUGGCUGGGCCAGCGGAGAGUCCCAGGCGGGGCGCGACCCCCGGCAGCGCCCGCGCGCCCAUGGCCAGCUCUGGGUCCCCCAGGCCUUGCGGGUGCCUCUGCCCGUUCCGAACUUCCUUCGCGUGGCUGGGGAUAGCGCUGCUGGUUCUCGACUGGGUGCUGCUCCGGGGCGCGCUCCCCAGAAUAUGCUCCUUGCUGGUAUCCCCCGCGCGGCCGCUGCUGCAGGUCUGGCUGGUGGGCCUGAGCCGCUGGGCUGUGCUGUGGCUGGGGGCCCGUGGGGUUCUCAGGGCAGCGGGCGGCUCCGGGAGCGAAAGCGCAGGAGUCCGGGGCUGGCUGGCUGCUUUGCAGUCGUUGGUGGCGGCGCUGAGCUUGGCCCUGCCAGGACUUGCCUCGUUCCGAGAGCUGAGCUCCUGGAGAGUUCCCAGGGAUUCACACAGCUCCAGGCUCCUGCACUGGGGAACUCGCCUGGAUGCCUUCGCCCUCAGUUAUGUAGCAGCACUGCCUGCGGCUGCCAUUUGGCAUAAGCUCAGGGGACUUUGGGUGCUGGAAAGUCACGGGGGUUCAGGAGGUGCGGUGCGCCGGCUUCUACGCUGCCUGGGUGCAGAGAUACGACGCGUCCCGCUCCUGUUGGUCCUGUGUGUCCUCUCCUGUCUUGCGGAGAUGGCCAUGCCGUUCUUCACCGGCCGCCUCAUUGACUUCAUUGUACGAGAUGGGACAGCUUCCGGUUUCAUGAGAUACCUAACGCUCAUGUCCAUUCUCACCACAGCCAGUGCGGUGCUGGAGUUCGUGUGUGAUGGGGUCUAUUACCGCACCAUGGGCCGCGUGCACAGCCACCUGCAGGGAGAGGUAUUUCAGGCUGUUCUGCGCCAGGAAACAGGGUUUUUCCAACAGAACCAAACGGGAGCCAUCACUUCCCGGGUGACAGAGGACACAUCCACCCUGAGUGAGAGUCUGAGUGAGGAGCUGAGCCUAUUGUUGUGGUACCUGGUGCGAGGGCUGUGUCUCUUGGCGCUCAUGCUCUGGGGGUCACCGUCCCUCACCAUGGUCACCCUGAUCGUCCUGCCUCUGCUUUUUCUUUUGCCUAAGGCGCUGGGGAAAUGGCACCAGAUGCUGGCAGCACAGGUGCAGGAAUCUCUGGCAGGGUCCAGCCAGGUGGCCAUUGAGGUUCUGUCAGCUAUGCCCACAGUCCGGAGCUUUGCCAACGAGGAGGUUGAGGCCCAGAAGUAUAGGCAAAAGCUGCAGGAUAUGAAGACACUCCAUCAGAAGGAGGCUCUGGCCUAUGCAGUCAACCUCUGGACCAUCAGUAUCUCAGAGAUGCUGCUGAAGGUGGGAAUCCUAUACAUAGGCGGGCGGCUGGUGACAAGUGGGGCGGUAAGCAGCGGGGACCUUGUCACAUUUAUUCUCUACCAGAUCCAGUUCACCACAGCUGUUCAGGCACUGCUCUCCACAUACCCCAGCGUACAGAAGGCUGUGGGCUCCUCCGAGAAAAUAUUUGAAUACCUGGACCGGAUUCCUGGCUGUCCUGCCAGUGGAGUGUUGACUUCCGUAACCCUGGAGGGCCUUGUCAAGUUUCAAGAUGUCUCCUUCGCCUACCCAAACCGUCCAGAUGUCCCAGUGCUGCAGGGGCUGACAUUCACCCUGCGUCCUGGUGAGGUGAUGGCUCUGGUGGGACCCAAUGGGUCUGGGAAGAGCACGGUGGCUGCCCUGCUGCAGAAUCUGUAUCAGCCCACGAACGGGCAGGUGCUGCUGGAUGGGAAACCCCUUGCCCAAUAUGAGCACCACUACCUGCACACACAGGUGGCUGCAGUGGGACAAGAGCCACAGCUAUUUGGAAGGAGUUUUCGAGAAAAUAUUGCCUAUGGCCUGGUCCAGAAGCCAGCUCUGGAGGAAGUCAUAGCUGCCGCAAUGGAGUCUGGAGCCCACAGCUUCAUCUCUGCACUCCCUCAGGGCUAUCACACAGAGGCAGGCGAGGCUGGGAGCCAGCUAUCAGGGGGUCAGCGACAGGCAGUGGCCUUGGCUCGAGCACUGAUCCGGAAACCACGUGUGCUCAUCUUGGAUGAUGCUACCAGUGCCCUCGAUUCAAAUAACCAGUUACAGGUGGAGCAGCUUCUGUACCAAAGCCCUGAGCGGUGCUCUCGGUCUGUGCUUCUCAUCACCCAGUGUCUCAGCUUGGUGGAGCAGGCUGACCAAAUCCUCUUCCUAGAAGGAGGCACCAUCUGUGAAGCAGGAACCCACCAGCAGCUCAUGGAGAGGAGGGGACGCUACUGGACCAUGUUGCAGGCUCCUGAUGGGUCAGGUGCUCCAGAAUGAAAGAUUUCUCAGACCUGCACGUGCCACCUGCCUCCCUUCUUUUCUGCCCUCUGUAGUGGAGAAUUUGGGAACAAAGGUGUUACCAGAGCUGCACUAUAGGUAGCUGCUUCUAGGAGGAGUGACAUCCUAGAACCAUGCCUGAAAUUCUGCCAUGAAUGUUACCCCCUCUCCAAGCUCCUCUUGAAAAUGCACAUUUCUUGGAAGAAAACAGAGUUUUUAACCCCUUUGUGUAACUGGGUUUAGAGCCAGGAUUGUUGUGAGUGGAUCCCUGAAAAUGAGAAGAACUUUAGAAUAUACAGAGAGAAUGCUUUCCAAUAGGACUAAAGGCAUAUGCUGGCCCAUAAACAAACUCUGGAUUCUUGAUAUUUAUAAUAAAGUUGGUGUUUUAUAA